AUGAAUGAAAAGGCAUCUGUUUCCAAGGAGCUUAAUGCCAAACAUGCAAAGGUAUUGGAAGGUCUUCUUAAGCUCCCCGAAAACAGGGAAUGUGCAGAUUGCCGGAGCAAGGGCCCACGAUGGGCGAGUAUCAACCUCGGAAUAUUUAUAUGCAUGCAAUGUUCUGGUAUACAUCGAAGUCUUGGCGUACACAUCUCAAAGGUAAGAUCUACGACAUUGGAUACAUGGCUUCCGGAGCAGGUUUCUUUUAUGCAGAUGGUGGGAAAUGUGAAGUCGAACGAUUACUGGGAAGCAGAACUACCGCCACAUUUUGACAGAAAUCCAACUGAAAAGUUCAUUCAGUCCAAGUAACUUCAUCUCAUCUUUAAGCAUUUUUUAUUGCAUUGUUAUUUUCUUUUUUUUUUUAGUAAAUUAAUUUUUUGUUUUCCAGAUAUGUUGAGAAAAAAUGGGCUUCGAAAACGUCUCCGCAACCAUCGGUUGCAGUCAAUCAAGAUAAUAAAUCGGGAGGCACUUCUAGAAAAGGAAUUCCAAAGAAAGCAAGAAAAUACUCUUUGGAUGAAGAAAUUUUCACCGAAGAAAUGGCUCGUGUCGCUCCUAUAAUACGAAAUCGCGGGG